AUGGCCAAGGCGCGUGGUUUGCUUUCCAACUCCCAUCAUAAAUACCCCUCUCUCCCUCUCCCCAUCCUCGGCCCCCGACAUCAAGCUAUCGACAUCCUCAAGACAUCCUCAAGACUACUCAAGACUAUGGCGCCGCGUCCUGGCCCCCUCAUGCCCUAUCCAGUCGAGCUCUUCUCGGCGGAUCCGCGUGUAUCGGGAACUCCACUCAAGCAUCUUCGCCCCAAUAAGAGGCCUCAUUCGCCUGGACGAGGAUCCUUCGACAGCCCGGCGAAGCGCCGACUGAAGGAGGAGGGCAGCGUCAGCUCGCGACACACGAGAAGCCCGCUGUCGGCCACCAGCAACAGCGCGCGCUUCGCGCCCGACCACUUCCAAGCGCUGCUGCAAGGACCCGACAGCCCAGCCAAGAAGCUCGAGUUUGGCUCCUCGAAGUCGGCGGCCUCCCCGUCUGCAGCUUCCGAGUCAACGGCGUAUGACACUUCCAGGAGUGGUUCGCGCACCCCCAGGCGCAGCCCGAAGAGGACCUCCACCACUCGCGUUCGACGCUCUCCCCGUUUGUCCGCAAGGGCAUCAAGCGUCGUCUCAGAGGAGAUCGCUGUUGAAGAGCAGCUGGUGGCUCGUAUCGAAGUUGCCUCUUCCUCGGUGCGCGUGUCUAUCCCGGAACCCGUCCUCGUCCCUCGUGUUGUCACCCCGCCCGAUGUACAAUCAAUCCACUACCCCGGCUUCGAUAUCUAUCAAGACCCACAUAUCAUACUCCCUUCUACUUCAUCGCUAUCCCACACGUCUACCUCGGACGGGUCACAGUCCGAUAAGGAGCAGGAGAAGGAGAACUUCGCCCCGCCCAAGAAGUCCUCCAAGCAGGCGAAGAACCCCGCUACCCCCUCCAGUGCCCCUCUGAUCAAGGCCGCCCUCUUUUCUCCUUCGACACGCGGCGCGCCGCCCAGCGUUGGCAAAGAGAAGCCCGUUCCCGCCUCGCCGCAUCCCAAGCACGUAUGCGAUUACCUGUCGGCUGCGCAUAUCACCCCGAAGGAGCGCACCGUACGUCUCACGUCGAGCCCAGCCAGCACCUUGGUCGGGGCCACGCCCGGACGGACGCCUCUAGGCAAGGAGGCUCGGCGGCAGAUGCGAAGGGCGCUGGAGAACGAAGUGGACGACUUCGACGGCGAUGACGACCUUUGAGUGUGUUCUUCGCUCCCCCUCCUCACGGACUUUUUCACCGGUCUUGGCUCCCAUCGAUUUAUCAACCGCGCUUCACUGUAUUCUUUACUCAUGCUCCCAUUUCAUGCCCCCAUCUACCCCCUCUUACCAUCUUAUCCGCCUUAUCCCCCACCACAAGC